AGAUCAUGACACCUUGAACUCCCGAUACCUAUAUAAGCAAACUGCCUCCGACGCCGUCAUCAACAACAUGCAUCUCCUACUCUGCUUGGUUGUUUGCACUGCCGCUGUUCUGGGAACUGCCUCUGGAUAUGGGCCAAAUCUUCCAGGCUGUCCUCCUGGUGGCUACCCUCGUAUAUGUGCCCGGUACUGCUACAGCGACCGUGACUGUAAAGCUGGAUACUACUGCUGCAAUACAGGAUGCUUGAACAUAUGUGUCCCGAAACCCAAACCAGGGCUUUGUCCAGCGAUACCACCCGGUCCAUGUAAAGGCAAUGUGUGUAGCAACGACCAAGACUGCCCCGGAAACCAGAAGUGUUGUGGGAAGCCAAGAUGUAGGAGAUGCUACAGACCAGAGAAGCCUGGAUCCUGUCCACCGAGGAAGUAUGAUGCGGGGGUCUGCGUCGCCUACUGUGUUGGCGAUUUCGACUGCCCUGGGAACGAGAAGUGCUGUGGAAGCUGCCCGAGACUCUGUGAGAAACCAUGCUUUGACUGAAUGUAACGAUAGACAUGUCCGUCAAUAAAUAUUUUUCGCAUUA